AUGGCUAUUACAAUGAAAUCUUUGGCAAAUGCCCUACUUAUCUUGUGCUUAUUAGCCGCCUCUUGUGAGGCAAAGGGUCUGGGACGCAGCGCUCUUGCCGCAAUAUCACCUCGCCGGACUGCUGGUAGAAGAGACCCAAAUGAAAAGGUCUUCAACGUGUUACAGUACGGAGCAAAACCUGGAGGAAAACAGGAUAGUGCGUUGUCUUUCAUCCGAGCAUGGAGGGCUGCAUGCAAUUAUAGGGGAACGGCAAGGCUACUUAUCCCCAUGGGAACCUUCUUGAUAGGAGCAACUAUCUUCCAGGGGCCAUGCCUAGGUCCAGUACCCAUUAAGGUUCAAAUUGCAGGAACACUGAAAGCUGUACCAGACCCUAGCAUGUACGAAGAAGAUUUCUGGAUCUUGUUUGAAAACAUUAACGGCUUGCUGGUUACUGGUACAGGCACUGUUGAUGGCCAAGGCAAUGCUGUCUGGAAAUACAACGACGGUGGUUCCAGGUUCCCUAGUUCUAUAAAAUUCAAUCAUGUAGCCAAUGGGAUUAUAAGACAGAUCACCUCUGUUAAUCCCAUGGGUUUCCACAUAUCCAUCGUUCUGUCCCAGAACAUCAGGGCAAAACAUCUUCAUAUAACAGCUCCUGCGACGAGCCCCAAUACCGAUGGAAUCCAUAUAAGCCAAUCCAGUGUAGUGAAAGUAUCCAGAAGUGUUAUCAGCACCGGUGAUGAUUGCGUUGCCAUAAUUCAAGGAAGCACCGAUGUCAGCGUUAAAAAGGUUACUUGUGGGCCUGGACAUGGCUUCAGGUAA